AAACGCCUUGUUUCCUCUCACUCACCUCUAGUCUCAUCCCUCGCCAAGAACCCGCCUCCGCUUCCAAGAGUCUCGAGGUCUCCGCCGUCGACCGAAGCAGCAACAACAUGAAGCGCUUGCUGAGCCGGCUCUCCCGCGUGGCCGCCGCCGACGCCUGCGCAGCCGCCGCGUACCAGCCGCUCCGGCCCGACGCUGCGGCCAAGGGCUCCUCCGCAGUCUCCUCUCCCUCGUCCUCAUUCUUCGGCGCGCGAAGGCUCAGCAGAGGCGCGCGGGUGCCGCAGGGGCACGUGCCGGUGUGCGUCGGCGAGGAGGGCGGCCCCGUGGAGCGCUUCGCCGUGCGCGCCGAGCUCCUGGGCCAGCCGGCGUUCAAGGCCCUGCUCUGGCGCUCCGCGCAGGAGUACGGCUACGGUCACCCAGGAGCGCUCCGCAUCCCCUGCGCCGUGGCCAACUUCCGCCGCCUCCUCCUCGGCCUCUCCGACCCCGGCUGCCAGGCCACCGACGACGACGAUGCCGCGCUCUACUAUUAGCCUAGCACUUCCCCGUUUCACCCUCCUCGUUCGGCUGCCAUGGAGUGGAGGGCGUGAUUGGAAAUUUGCCCCCUGGCGAAGGCAAAUCGGUGAACCAGCAGAGCCAAUUGCCAGCUGCUGCGUGCUGACCAAUCUACCCCUGCGUGGAUGCUGUACAUAAGAGGCCACACCUGGUUGGUGGAGGGUAGAAUAGGGAUUCCGCCAUAUUUUCUACUGCAGCUCAACAAUUUUAGUACCUGCUGUCUUGUGGGAAGUAGGGCUGUAGUAAUUUCUUUUUCUUCAUCUUCUUUUUGGUGUUCUUGUAGGUAGCUCUAGAUCAAGCUCUGGUAACUGCAAUUAAUGGAGCUUCUUCUUCCUCUUCUUUUGGUAGGGAUUUUGAGGUCAUGACAAACACAUCAUGUAAGCCGCAAGGUUCGCCUUAUGUGAGUGAAAUGGAUGAUUUUGCUA